AUGGUGCUCACACAGUGUCAUUUUGCCCCUUCAGAUUUAUGCUUUGCCAGUCCUCCUGCUUACAUCCUUACGCUGCUGUGCUUGAGCCAAGUCAUUAUGCCUAGGGGCCACAAGAGUAAGGGCCGCUCUCGUGCUAAACGUCAAAACAUACAGGAGAAGAGUCAAAGUCUGCCUAAUACUGAGCCCACUGCAGAGGAGGAGGCAACAUCUUCUAUUGAUCAAGGGAAUCUUCCCAGCUCCCCUGAUACCAACAUUUCCCAGGAUACUCAAGGGGAUGUAGCUUCUGUUUCUGAUGAUUCGGGAGUGUUGACAGGUGCUGUAGGUGGUGAGACUUCUGAUACAAAUGCCGAAUCUCCAGUUCUAAGUGCUGAGAGACGUUCAUUCAACUCCAUUAUAGUCUCUUCCUUUCACUCUGCACGCAAAGAUCCUCUUCUCAGGAAGACACGUGUAUUGAUGCAGUUUGUACUACAGAAGUUUAAGGUCAGAGAGUCCUUUACACGGGGAGAUAUGUUGACGGUGAUUAACAAGAAGUACAAAGAACACUUCCCUGAGAUCAUGAAAAGAAUCUCUGUGCACCUGGAGAUUGUCUUUGGCCUGGAGUUGAAGGUAGUUGAUUCCAAUACUCAGUCCUUUACGCUUGUGGGCAAGCUGGGUCUCUCCACUGAGGGAAGACUACGUAAUAGAAUUGGGUUGCCCAAGACAGGGCUCUUGAUGACCCUCCUGGCUAUGAUCUUUGCGACUGGAAAUAGUGCCACUGAGGAAGAGGUGUGGGAAUACCUGAAAAUAGUGGGGGUAUUUCCUGGGCAGGAUCAUCCAAUAUUUGAGGAACCUAGAAAGUUCAUAACAAAAGAUCUGGUGAAGGAAAAUUAUCUUUCAUACAGCCAAAUUCUUGGCAGUAACCCCCCAUGCUAUGAGUUCAGGUGGGGUCCCAAAGCCUGUACUGAAAUCACCAAGAUGCAAGUCCUGUGGGUUGUAUCCAAGAUGAAUAAUACCGUUCCUGCUUUCUUUCCUCAUCUAUUUGGGGAGGCUCUGGUUGAUGAAGCUAAACGAGCAGCAGGGAGAGUUACAAUUCUGCCUGGCACUGUUGUCAAGUCCAAAACCCAUCUCAGGUGA